GCCUCAGAAGCGCCUGUUCCAAUAUAGGUCUGAAUAGCCCUCUCCUCGCCGUGACUAUCGGGAGAAACCCGAUCACAUGUACCCGCCAAGCGGCCGACCGCGUCCCACGUUGCUCAGGACCGCCGUCGAGCAUAUUGUGCAGACCAGCGCGGCCGCGUCUUUAGCGCCUGUUUCAACAGCCCCUCGAGGGUCCGAUGUAUCUUGACGUCCCUGGAAAGACAACUGGAGCCUGCAUCCUCGGUUCAACGGGUUGCCUGACUCGCGCACCCCACACAGGCGUCACAUCAGCCUCCCUUGAUGAGCGGUAACUCGUCAGUAGAUCACUGCAUCAUGUAACGGCACCCUAUAUAAGGCCUCCGUACUCCCUCUAAACUCGUCUCGUCCCUCCCUCCCUCCCCUCCGCCAGCCAUGCGCUCCUUCCUCUCCUUGACCGCCUUCACGGCUCUCGCCCUCCGCGUAUUGGGCCAGGACGUCGAUCAGCUCAAGAAAGACUUGGGCGAUGUCAAGGCUGUCUUCUCAGAGGAUAGCGAGUACGCUACCGCUGCCCAACCCUUCAACCUCCGCUUCCAGGGUAUCGCCCCGAUCGCGGUCACGUACCCGACUAGCGUCGACCAGGUCAGCACCGCCAUCAAGGCCGGUGCGGCUCAGAACCUGCAGGUUGUCGCUCGUGGCGGUGGCCACAGCUACAUUGCGAACGGCCUCGGUGGCAAGGACGGCGCUCUCGUCGUUGACAUGAGCAAGUUCAAGGACAUCCAGGUCGCCGAGGACGGCUCCGCUGUCAUCCAGACGGGCAACCGUCUCGGCGACGUCGUUCGCGUGCUCAGCGAGAACGGUCGUGCCAUGCCCCACGGCACCUGCCCCUUCGUCGGCGCCGGCGGGCACAUGAGCUACGGCGGCUACGGUUUCACCUCCCGGCAGUGGGGCCUCGCCAUGGACACCAUCGACUCCGCGGACGUCGUCCUCGCGAACGGCACGGCCGUCACCGCGUCCGAGAGCGAGAACGCGGACCUCUUCUGGGCGCUCAAGGGCGCCGCGCCGUCCUUCGGUAUCGUCACCGCGUGGCACUCGCACACCUACGAGAUCCCGCAGAACGCGACCGUCUUCACGGACACGUACGAUCUCUCGGUCGAGGAGGCCGUCGACAUGGUCGACGCCUUCACCGCGUUCACCUUCUCCGGUCUUCCACCCGCGUUCGGUUCCGAGCUCACCAUCACGAAGGGUACCGAGAAGGGCCGCGUCACAAUCGCGCACGUUGGUGCUCUUUACGCCGAUGUCGAGAAGCUUAACGAGACCCUCUCCGGCUUCACCGACAACGUUCCGGAGCCUAUCUCCGUCGUCCGCUCUCCUGGCUCCUACGUCGAUUCCGUCUUGAACCUCGGCGGUGUCGACAGCCUCGACGUCUCCAAGCCCGACUCCAACGACACCUUCUACACGAAGUCCCUUGUCAUCCCCGAGGCUCAGCCCAUGACCGACGAUGCCUUGACUGCGUGGUUCGACUACAACGCCAACGAGGGCUUCGACUCUGACUUGGAGUGGUUCCUCCAGAUCCAGAUGUACGGUGGCAACGGCUCCGCCAUUAACCAGAUCGACACCGACGCCACCGCCUACGCGCACCGCUCCUCGCUCUACACCUACCAGCUCUACGCCUCUGCGCCCAACCUCAAGCCGCCCUUCCCCGACAACGGCUUUGACUUCCUCGACAACAUGGUCGACACCAUCGUCGGCAACAUGCCCGCCGACUGGGACUACGGCUCGUACCUGAACUACGUCGAGGAGCGCCUCGAGAACUGGCAGGAGCUCUACUAUGACGGCCACUACCAGAAGCUCCAACAGAUUAAGGCGCAGUACGACCCGAACAACGUCUUCCAUUUCCCGACCUCCGUCGAGGUCCCCUCGGCGUAAGGGCUAUCAGGGAUCACGGCGGUGACGUCCUGACGGGCACCAGGGAGAAGGGGUAGCAUGCAUUCAUGGCGGACUCGCGAGCCACCAGCUCGCUAUGACAUUCAUUAUCACUGCGUUUGCACGGUUACGCCUAUCUAUCUAUCUACCCUACUUACCUCCACUAACGGCGAGUCUAACUCACGAACCAUCGUAUAUUUAUUGUAUCUUGUGCGCGCUCCUGGGAUAUUUGCUGUGUAGGCUUGUGGGACCUUUGACCUGAAACUGAAGUAACAUGUUCCUGCAA